AUGUCCACCGCCGAUCAGCAGGCAAAGGCGCCCGCGGACCUAAAAAAUGUUGCUGUCUUCCUGCGCGGCUCGUCAUCUGGAAUCAAGGCGCGCACUGGUGUACUAAACGGCAAGCGUAUCGACUAUUUCAAGGGCAAACAUGCCAUCAAAGCGCUCUUGUCCCCCGCCUACGCCAAGUUGAAGAAAGUGCCGAAGAUCGAAUCCGAGACCGACGCGACGAAACUGCUGGGCUCUAUCAUCCCCUAUGCGUUCUACUUGCGCGUUGACCGUGGCGCAGCCGUCGGCUCCUCAGCUGGGCCGAAACUUCUCACCGUGAACCCUAUGCAGAUGUUCGCUGCAGACGAAUACUACGCAUGGUUCUACGACGGUCCGCAAUGGACGACGUAUGUCGGCGGCGCGAUUAUGGUUGGCGUCAUUCUGGCUGGCGUUAUGUUCCCCUUGUGGCCGCCGGUCAUGCGUCAAGGCGUUGGCUGGCUGUCAUACGUUGUGCUUGGGCUCAUUGGACUACUAUUCGCGAUUGCGAUCGUGCGGUUAAUAUUCUAUAUCAUCACCGUCAUCGUCGUGAGCCCGGGUAUCUGGAUAUUCCCCAAUCUCUUCGCAGACGUUGGAUUCGUCGACUCGUUCAUUCCUUUCUGGGAGUGGGACAUCCCGAAGAAGAAAGGCAAGAAGGGAAAGAAGGGCGAGAAGAGCAAGAAGGGGGAGAAGGAGGGCGAGGCACCGCAAGGCGCGUUCAUCGAGGAGGUUGCGGAUUCUGGCUCUGCGGAGAACUCGCGGCCUGCGAGCACGGCACCCGUAGACACUCCACAAUAG